AUGGCAGGCCUAAAGGCAGCUACUGUAUCUAACAAGAUAGUCAAGAAGCGCAAGCGGAAAGAGAAUGACGAAGGCGAAGGCUCAACCCAAGCUGGAGCUAGUUCUGAAGCCCCAUCCAGCACUUCUACCGUUGCCACGAAGACCCACGAUGGUGGUGCAAAGCCACGGCGAAUUCCAAAAACAAAGGAGCCUCCCAAACUAUCUCGGAAUGCCUCCUCUAUGUCCAACGCCGUCACCAGUGCCGUACCAUGGCCUACAUCAUUUCAAUUGCUCGAGAAGACUCAUCGAGCACUCAACCUCGUCUUCACAUUCUGCUCUACGCGCAAACACCUUGCUACAACUUUCGAUAACAUCAAAGCUACUGUCGAGGGACAUAUAAAGCGAGAAUUGAAGAUUGAGGAUGUGGCAAGAAUUGUUGCAUUGCGUCCUGGUGGGAUGAAUUUUGCGUAUGUGGAUGAAGCAAUGCUGCAGGUCGAUGUCAGAGGAUCCGAGAGAGAUGAUACUUUCAAGGGUGGUAGAGCGAAGACAUGGCAUACGGCUGGUCCAGCUCCAGAUGCAUCCGUUGGAGGCAUUACGGGCGAUGAGGGGCUAGGAUAUGGCGAAUGUGCUACUGGAGAUGGAAAAGAGGUCCUGUUCUUUGAGUUUGUAGAUGGGGACCUGAAACGUCAAGUCAAGGACAAAAAGACAGGAGAGGCCACAAAAGCGACCAGGAAGCUGCGAGAUGAAGACCUCAAGAUGCCUGUCUUUAGUCAGAAGCAGAUGACUACUCUGAUCGAAAAGCGGAAUAGCAAGUUCACGAGUGCAAUCAAUGCCUUUCUGAACCGCUGCCAGGCUGAAAGUACAGACCCAAAUGAGACGCUGAAGUCUGAGGCCGAAGCAUAUAUUCCAGCGCCUAGUUACUCUCGCGGUACUACGCCGAAGCCGGAUAUCAGUACCUUACCAAAGACGAUCCCCAAAGAGCGGAAAAUGAUUGCCGAGAUCAUCAAGGAGCUGAAAGAGAGCGAGUGGUACACCCAACAGAUUGUGCCAGACGGUCAUCGAGUCUUUGAUCCGCAAGAAGCUAUUUACGGUGACUUGAAUUUCCUUCUCAGUCAAGAUAUUGUCAAUGCAUUGUAUAACACCAAGAAUAUAACCCAGCUCUAUGCUCAUCAAGCUGAAGCUAUCAACAAUCUCCAUGAUGGACACCAUGUCAUCGUUUCUACUUCUACAAGCUCGGGGAAAUCUCUGAUCUACCAACUUCCUGUCCUUCACGAACUCGAGCAAGAUCACAACACGAGAGCUAUGUACAUAUUUCCUACCAAAGCUCUAGCUCAGGAUCAGCGGAGAAGUCUUAAGGAGAUGAUGCGAUUCAUGACUGGACUCGAACAGACUAUUGUGGAGACGUUCGAUGGAGACACCCCAAUGGCUGAUCGGAACUUGAUUCGGGAUGAGGGCAGAAUCAUCUUCACGAAUCCAGACAUGCUUCACAUCACCAUUCUUCCUCAGGAAGAGAAGUGGCGGACUUUCCUUAAGAACCUCAAGUACGUCGUAGUUGACGAGAUCCAUGUCUACAAUGGACUAUUCGGCUCCCAUGUUGCGCUCAUCAUGCGACGGCUGAGGAGGAUAUGUGCUGCGGUGGGGAACCGUCAUAUCAAAUUUAUUUCAUGUUCUGCUACAGUGGCAAAUCCUCUCGAGCAUUUCAAGACCAUCUUCGGCAUCGAAGAUGUGCGAAUGACCGACUUUGAUGGCUCGCCUUCAGGAAGAAAAGAGUUCCUAUGUUGGAAUACACCGUACAAAGACCCUGGUGACCCAGCAAGUGGCCGAGGGGAUACGAUGGGCGAAGCAGCAAGACUGUUCUGUCAAUUGAUUCUCCGAGGUGUAAGAGUGAUUGCGUUUUGUAGAAUACGAAAAGGUUGCGAGGCUCUUGUGGGAGCCGUGAAACAAGAGCUUGCCAAUCUGGAGCGGUCUGAAUGUAUGGCUCGAGUAAUGGGAUAUCGAGGUGGCUAUACGCCACAAGAUAGACGACAAAUCGAGAGUGAGAUGUUCGAGGGAAAGCUCAUGGGCAUCGUUGCCACCACGGCGCUCGAGCUAGGAGUCGACAUCGGAUCAUUGGAUGCCGUCAUUACCGUCGGCUUUCCUUACUCGAUAUCAAAUCUGCGUCAGCAAAGCGGUCGUGCUGGUCGUCGAAACAAAGACUCUUUGUCUGUUCUUCUUGGAGAUUGCUUCCCAACAGAUCAAUACUAUAUGCAGAAUCCCGAUGAGAUUUUUACGAAGCCAAAUUGCGAGUUGCAGGUCGAUUUACAGAAUCUUCUAGUAUUGGAGGGACAUCUUCAGUGUGCAGCCUACGAAAUGCCUAUACGCCCAGAAGAAGAUUCUGCAUAUUUCGGGAAGAUGCUGCCAGAGUUAGCAGAGGAACGAAUGAUCAAGGACGAGCUGGGCUUUUACCAUUGUCACGAUAGAUUUCGCCCCUACCCAUCUAAGUUCGUUUCAAUUCGUGAUACGGAGGAGGAGCACUUUGCAAUCGUUGACAUCACCCAUGGCAAAAAUGUUGUUCUAGAAGAACUCGAGGCCUCUAGAGCCUUCUUUACUUUGUACGAUGGUGGUAUAUUUCUUCACCAAGGGAACACCUACCUCGUAAAGGAGUUCAAUCCGGAGCGCAAGAUCGCCAGGGUCGAGUUGGUCAAAGUAGACUGGACUACACAGCAGCGGGACUUCACAGAUAUUGACCCCAUAGAAACAGAAGCAAUUCGACGUAUACCUAAAUCACUGUCACGAGCUUUCUACGGCACGAUCAAGGUCCAGCAGACAGUUUUUGGCUUCUUCAAAAUUGAUAAGCGAAGACGAAUUCUCGAUGCCGUGCAAGUUGACAACCCACCCGUCAUUAUCUUCAGCAAAGGCAUGUGGCUUGACGUGCCCAAGCAGGCUCUAGAAAUCUUAGUCGAGAGACGCUUGAAUGUCGCAGGUGCCAUUCAUGCUGCCGAACAUGCCAUCCUCAGUCUCAUGCCCAACUUCGUCGUCAGUAUGCCCGGCGACGUACGAACCGAGUGCAAAGUUCCCCAAAAAGAAUUUGCACAAAAAGAAACCUCGCGUAAACGGCCUGCCCGACUGACAUUCUACGAUGCCAAAGGGGGAGCUGGCGGCUCGGGAAUCAGUACCAAGGCAUUCGAAUUUGUCGAUCUGCUGCUUAUACAGGCUGUUCGCAGAGUAGAAUCUUGUCAUUGCUACGAGGGCUGCCAAGAGUGCGUAACGAGCGAACAGUGCAAGCAUGCCAAUGAGGUGAUGAGUAAAGCGGGUAGUGAGGUCAUCCUAAAGAGUCUGUUGAACAUGGAGAUUGAUCUUGACGCCUUGCCCAUGGGUCCUGAGAAUUUGAGUCCGGCUGGGAUUGAAACCGUGAUUUUGGCACAUCCGGUUCUACCUAAGGGUAGGACUAUUGACAUUAGGGAGGCGAGGCAAGGUGGGAGUAAGAGGGAUGAUGUCGUUGUUGGGAGGGUGGAUGAGGAUGGGGUUGAGAGAGAGGUUGUUAUUAAGGAUGAGCCUGAGGACUGA